AUGCUUCAAGAAGAUGACGGCCAUGGAUUGUACGGUGAGGAGGAGGAUCCGACGGAUGAGAUUUACUCUUCUCUGGGAGCAAUAUCGCCUACGAAUCAAGACCUUCAAGACCUUCAAGAGCUCCGAGAGCUGUCGCUGCCUUCCUGUGUCAACCACGUGGGGCUGCUACCAGACUUUUCUGACGAUGGGGUGAUUGAGGAGGAACAGACCGCUGGUGGUGUGGCGGUGGGCAAUGGGGAGAGUUUGAUUCAUGAUCUGCACUCUGAUGGGGAGGAAGGGUCGGUACACGGUCCGUUCGGUACGGGGAUGGCAGCACUGAUGGCGCAUGUGCUGGAUACUGCUGUGCCGGGUGAUGCUUUGUCUAGCGGCGGUGCUGUACCCAAUGCUCCUGGAAAUCAUACCCAGAAGGAGACUUCGCCGUUGACUCAACAGUCACCUUUGACUGACUACUGUGCUGCAUCUGAUGCUCCUGGGUUCCGGACCCAGCAGGAUAGCAACACCACGGGUGUAAAGCGACCUGCCUUAGCCAUGCCCGGGACUCUAACUGUCAAUCUCCCUGCCUCUCUCCCAGCCGCUCUCCCUGCCCCUCUCCCUUCCUCUAUCCCUGCCCCUCACCCUGCCCAUCUCCUAGCACCUCUCCAUUCACCUCUCCCUGCCCCUCUCCCUGCCACUCUCCCUGCCUCUCUCCCUGCCUCUCUCCCUGCCUCUCUCCCUGCCUCUCUCCCUGUCCCUCUCCCUGCCUCUCUCCCUGCCUCUCUCCCUGCGUCUCUCCCUGCCUCUCUCCCUGCAGCGCCGUCUGCUGCACUGUCUGACUCAGGCGCGUGUAAAUCAGAGUCUCUUACAGCCACCACCUUUGCCUCUUCGGACCAGCUGGCAAUAUUCCCAUCCACCUCUGAGUGCGCAAUAUUUGGCUCAUUGCGCCAGCUGCAAGCUGCUGGUAUGUCGAAGCUGUUGAUACCGGCAGCAGUAGUUGCGUUUCUAGGAGGGGGCAGCACCAUCCGGGUUUCAGACUUCGCAGCCGUCGGCGUGCGGAAGGAGCUGCAGUCAUGGCUCGAGGGUGCGGCUUAG